UUCACUUUGCAGUUCAGUCGGCUUUCGGCAGCGAGCGCGAGAUGAGUGUGGUCUAGCUUGGCGCAAGUCGGCGCAAGGAAGCCCAGUGCUUUGUGCAGGGGAAGGAAGAAGGAGGAGUUGGUCGGUGUGGAUUGAAGAAGUAUCACCAACGGAAGGAUUGUGCCGAAAGACUUCUGCAGUCACAUGGGGCCAAGCACGCAGUGACAAACCCUCAUCCAAGUCAUCCUUACACCGUGCUGAGAAAUCUGCCCCGCUGUGCUCCCAGAAGAUUAUUUACUCCGAGUACCUUAACGCUACCUUGUGAUUCGUUAAUUUAUUUGUUGAUAGUUUUUGUAUUUAUUGUGUUAUUUAUUGACUAUUGAGUGUUAAUUAACUUCGACGAAACAAUGGUGGAAAGUAUACUAGAGGGAGUUGUGCAGCAAGGAGGACUGGACGCCGCAUCUGUCCAGACGAGCGAAGUAAUGUCUGUUCUGAGAGAUGCCACCAACGCUGAUGAUUUGGCUAAGCGUAAGGAGGAGGCAAGACGCAAAAGGCGCAAGAAGAAGACGGCGACAAGUCUUGUUUCCGCUUGUUUCCAAGAUCUGUAUAGGCUAACCGGAGAAGUCCUAGGAGAGGGAGCCUAUGCAUCGGUUCAGACGUGCGUCAAUGUUUGGACGGAUUUGGAGUAUGCUGUGAAGAUGAUUGAAAAAGUUCCCGGUCAUUCAAGAAGCCGCGUUUUCAAGGAAGUUGAAACCUUCCACCAUUGCCAAGGACAUCCCAACAUCAUUCAGCUGAUUGAGUUCUUUGAAGAUGAAGAGAGAUUCUACAUGGUGUUUGAAAAAGUCAAUGGAGGUCAAUUACUAGGCCGUAUUCAGGAAAGAAAUCAUUUCACUGAAAGGGAAGCUAGUCAGAUAAUCCGUGAUCUCGCUAGUGCUCUUGAGUUUUUGCACAAGAAAGGUAUUGCUCAUAGAGACCUGAAACCGGAGAACAUUCUGUGUGUUGAUCCUGACAAAUUAACACCAAUCAAAAUUUGUGAUUUUGAUCUGGGUUCUGGAAUUAAGUUCAACUCUGCUCUGACAUCUCCAAUUGCCACUCCUCAACUUUUGACUCCUGUGGGUUCAGCAGAAUUCAUGGCUCCAGAAGUGGUUGAUGCAUUUGUAGGAGAGGCUAACUCCUACGACAAACGCUGUGAUUUGUGGUCUCUUGGUGUCAUCAUGUACAUCUUGCUAUGCGGAUAUCCACCUUUCUAUGGAAAUUGUGGCAUGGAUUGUGGAUGGGAACGAGGAGAUAACUGCAAUUCUUGCCAGGAGCUUCUAUUCACAAGCAUUCAAGAAGGCAUUUAUGAAUUCCCUGAAAGAGAGUGGGGUGGUAUUUCUGAUGAUGCCAAGGAUCUCAUCAAAAGACUUCUUGUAAAAGAAGCCAGGCAAAGAAUUUCAGCAGACUCUGUCCUCAAUCAUCCCUGGAUCCAACCUGGUCCAUCUACCCGAGGACUUUUUACACCACACAUUAUCCGCAGGAACAACAGUGCACGAGAUCUGUCUGCAUUUGCUGAGAGUGCUAUGGCUGUGAAUAGAGUAGUCCUUCAACACUUCAGUAUGAACAUGGAUCUAGUGCCACGUGAGGAGUACCAUCCAAGCAGCAAGACUUCCUGUAGCGCUGCUGUAGCCGAUUCGAUGGACUCCGGCCAUCUGUUUGGCCUCUCACCACCAUCAGAAUCCAGGCUUUUGCAGCGCCGUUUGCAAGCUAAUUCCGUCCCUCUCAUCCCUUCACCAUCAUGUUAGUGUCAUCAUCGUACUGUCCUUCAUUUUCUCCAGAUGUUUUGUUUAGUUACUUUAGACUUAAGUGUCCUUUCCUUUUUUUUUUUGUUGGAAUUUUGGAGCAGUGAUAUGUGGUUGAGAGGAUGUGCUCAGUCUUCUGAAUGGAUGUGUGAGUGAAUGUGUGUGAGAGAGAUGUAGGUCAGGCUGUUAAUGGGUUUGCAAUUGCAUUGAUUUUUUUUUCACAAUUCCUUGAUGUCUUUAGUUUUGCAAUUGCAAGUUUCUUCUUUUUUUUAUCAUCGACGCAUAAAUUUCAUUUUGUAAGAAGUGAUGUGAUUUGAUUGAAUACUGUUUCUCAAAAGUUUUGUGAGUUUUGCAAACCCAGCUGAUAGACCUCUCUCUCUGAUUAAAUUGAACUCAAAUUGAGUUUUUCCUGCCAAGUGAUAUGAAUGAAUAGACUGAUAAUUUUUAAUAAUAGAAUUUUUCCAGAGUGUGUACUUGUAUGAAUAAGCGUGAAGGCUGGGUGCUCAGCGCUUACAGCCAAAGACUAUACUACGAAAUUGUUACUCCAGAAGUGGAGCAGUAAAUGGAAAGUUGCAAAUUGAUGAUAAAAUCUUUUUGAUCUGUAUGCUUUGUAAUUGAUUUUACUAUGGUGCCGAACAGAAUUCAUGUUCAAAGUGAGUAAUGAAUCUUCAUUUAAAUCCUCAGGGCAAUUUUGUAAUAUUCUGUGUUUGGUCCAUAUGACUGAAUGUUAUGAUUUUAGCACACAAAGCCAAAGUAAUGAAGCCAUUAGCUUUUGAAUUACCCCUUGGCACCUGCACAUUGUAAUCAAUAGCUCAUAGACAUAGUCCUUGUGUGGCUAAUGUGUCAGUCUUUAUUGAGGUACCUUGAGGUGUGAAGGGGAAUGAAAUGCUACAAGUCAAAUUGUUUGAACAUUAAAAGUAUUAAUUUGAUAGGUACGUAUGUACAAUUUGUAUCUGGUAAAACUAACGCUAAAACCUCAUUUUUCACAUGGAAGAAGGUAAAAUUAAUAAAAUAAAAUGAAAACCCAAAUGAUAA